CUCUGCCACUGACAGAUGCAUGUUCCCUAAACAGAUAAAGCUGCAAAUAUUCUAAUGGCAGAAGGAAGUUCUACAAUUCCAAAAGAUGACAAAGGAAAUGAAUUCCUGAGAAAGGCAUUGGAUAUUUUAAUGCAGGAUGCAGUGAUAAAGGGCACUGAUCGAAACAACAAGGUGUGUGAAUGGAUGGAACCAGAGGAUCUACAGAGAAUUCUGGACUUAAAACUUAAAGCUCAUGGAGAAUCCCAAGAAGUGCUUUUGAGUUACUGUAAAGACAUCAUUAGGUUCAGUGUCAAGACAGGACAUCCUCGCUUCUUUAACCAACUCUUCUCUGGAUUAGACAGACAUGCUUUGACUGGUAGGAUCUUAAGUGAAACAUUGAACACCAGCCAGUAUACCUAUGAGGUGGCUCCCGUGUUUGUACUCAUGGAACAAGAAGUACUCAGAACACUAAGACAUUUUAUUGGUUGGACAACAGGAGAUGGGAUAUUCUGCCCAGGUGGAUCCCUCUCAAACAUGUAUGCUAUAAAUUUAGCCAGAUUUCACCGCUUUCCACAUUGCAAAGAGACGGGACUGAGUGGUCUACCACGUUUAGCAAUCUUCACAUCGCAAGAGAGUCAUUAUUCCGUGAGAAAAGGGGCAGCGUUCAUGGGUAUUGGAACAGAUAAUGUGAUUCAUGUGCUGAGUGAUGACAGGGGGAAGAUGAUACCUGAAGAUCUGGAGACCAAAAUAUUGAAAGCAAAGUUGGAGGGUUCGGUCCCAUUCUUAGUUAGCGCAACCUGUGGAACAACGGUUUUUGGUGCUUUUGAUCCUCUUCAAAGUGUUGCUGAUGUGUGCAAGCGACACGGGGUAUGGCUCCAUAUUGAUGCUGCUUGGGGAGGUAGUGCCCUUCUUUCCAAUAAGCACAGGCAUCUCCUAAAUGGCAUUGACAGGGCAGAUUCUGUCACAUGGAAUCCACAUAAAAUGCUAGGGGUCGGUCUGCAGUGUUCAGCUUUCCUCCUUAAAGACACAACUGGAUUGCUAAAACAAUGCCAUGCAGCCAAUGCUACUUAUCUAUUCCAAACCGACAAAUUCUACAGUGUGAAAUACGAUACAGGAGACAAAUCCAUUCAAUGUGGUCAAAGGGUGGAUUGUUUGAAACUUUGGCUGAUGUGGAAGGCGCUUGGAUCUGAAGGGCUAGAGAGACGAGUGGAUGACGCAUUGGCACAUACAAGGUAUCUGGUUGAGGAGAUGAAGACGAGAGAUGGAUUCAUCCUUGUCAUGGAGCCAGAAUUUGUGAAUUUAUGCUUUUGGUAUGUGCCACCAAGUCUUCGGGCUCAAAAGCAUUCUCCAGAUUUCUGGGAAAAGCUUGGAAAGGUGGCACCGAUACUAAAAGAGAGGAUGAUAAAGAAAGGAUCAAUGAUGAUUGGUUACCAGCCUCAUGAAAAUCAAGUGAAUUUCUUCAGACAGAUAGUGGUUAAUCCAGAGACCACUAAAGAAGACCUGGACUUCUUCUUAAAUGAAAUAGAAAGACUGGGAGAGAAUCUUUAAAAUUAGUCUUAGCAUUUCCAACAAUUAUUUUUGUGUUAAUUUAUUAAUUAUAUAGAAAAUAUAGCAACCAGUUAGGGAAUAUAUUUGAUAUGGCAUUAUGAUACUAGACAGAACACAACAUGCGCAAGGAACUUAAGUUUUAGGUAACUCAAUUACAAUAACAUAGAUGCAAAGUUAAAUCAUAAGAUAGAUAUAGAUUGCCAAUUAGCGUUAGCAGUUUGCAUUUGAGAAACAUUUACUAUUUUAUGAAUGAAGAAAGAUAUUUCAAAGCCAUCUUCAGAGUUCUAAAGAUAAUAGGAGGACAGUGAUUGGCUGUGGGACAGAAUUAUAUUAACAGCUAAGCUCACACUGAUCUCUCUCAUUUUCGGACCUAUGUUAGCACUCUGAAGUUGAUGU